AUGCGUACUUCUCACAAAGAGUACGAUGUAUUCAUUAGCUUUAGGGGAGAGGAUACACGUAAAAACUUCACUGCCCAGCUUCAUCAAGCUCUUACAGAUAACAGUAUCCAUACAUACAUUGAUUAUAUUCUUAAAAAAGGAGAUGAGGUUGGACCUUCUCUUGCCAAAGCAAUCAAGGACUCACAUAUCUCUAUUGUAGUUUUCUCAGAAAACUAUGCAACCUCAAAGUGGUGCUUGGAUGAACUCCUCCAUAUACUCCAAUGCAGAGAACUUCAUGGACAGGUAGUUAUACCCGUGUUCUGUGAUGUAGAUCCAUCACAUGUACGUUAUCAGAAAGAGAGUUAUCAGAAAGCAUUUGCAAAAUACAUGAGAGAACUAGCCAGCAGUAAAUCUCAUCUAGACAAAGUGUUGGAGUGGAAAGGUGCUCUCUCUUCGGCCGCCAAUAUAUCUGGCUGGGACUCUCGCAAAUAUAGGGAUUAUUCUCAAGUCAUUCAUGAAGUUGUGGCAGAUGUUAAGCAGAAGUUGUCUCUCAUGUUUCCCAAUGAACUGAAAAACCUUGUUAAAGUUGAUGAAAAGGAUGAACAUAUUGAAUUAUUACUGAAAAAAAUACCAAGAAUCGGAAUUUGGGGCAUGAGUGGAAUAGGAAAGACAACCAUAGCUAAAAAAAUGUUUGCCAAGAACUUUGCCCAUUAUGAUAAUGUGUGUUUCUUGGAAAAUGUAAGCGAAGAAACAGAAAAGUUUGGACAAAUGUAUGUUCGUAAUAAGCUUCUUAGUGAGCUACUGAAGCGAGAAAUUACUGCAUCUAACGUUCAUGGACAACACACAUUCAUUAAGAGGAGGCUCAGUGGUAAAAAAAGUUUUAUUGUACUUGAUGAUGUUGAUAAUGCUACACAAUUAGAUGAUUUGUGUGGAGUACUUGACGACCUUGGACAUAACAGUAGACUCAUUAUCACAACGAGAAACAAAGAUAUUCUGAGUGAAAAAGUUGAUAAGAUAUAUGAGGUCACACCAUGGAAGCUUAAAGACUCUCUAAAGCUUUUUAGCUUAGGAGCCUUCCGGCAAAGCUAUCCCAGAGAGGGUUAUGAGCGUAUAAUCUCGGAAAGGGCAGUUGAAUAUGCAGGAGGUGUUCCAUUAGCUUUAAAGGUUUUGGGUUUACAUUUUAAAUCAAAAAAACCAAAAUCUUGGGUAUCUGAGUUGAAUGAUUAUGAGAACAAAGGAGAAACCUUCCCCGAUAUUCAAAAAGUGUUACAGCUAAGUUAUAAUGGAUUAUCAUGGCGAGAGAAGAAGAUGUUUCUUGACAUUGCAUUCUUUUUCAAAGAUGAAAACAAAGACUUGGUCACAAGGAUACUAAAUACCUUUGAUUUCAAUGCAACUAAUGGAGUAGAAAUCCUAGAAAAUAAAGCUCUUAUAUCCAUUUCAAACAGUAAUACGAUACAGAUUCAUGGCUUACUACAAAAUAUGGCGUUUGAUAUAGCUCGACAAGAAGAUAAUGAUCGAGGAAAGCGUCGCCGACUGAAAGAUGCUAAAGACAUUUGUGAUUUACUUAGAAAUAACAAGGGCAUUGAUGCAGUUGAAGGAAUAAUAUUAGACUUGUCUCAAAAUCUAGAUUUAGAAGUUCAAGCUGACACAUUCAACUUGAUGACUGAAUUAAGAUUUCUGAAAUUCCACGUCCCCAAAUGUAAGAAGAAAUUGGGCACGGUGCAUCUUCCUAAAAAUUUUAAGCUAUUUUUUGACAAAUUGGCAUACCUUGAAUGGAAUGGGUAUCCCUUGAAGUCUCUCCCAGAACCUAUUCGCGUUGAGCAGCUGAUUCAGAUUUGUUUGCCGCACAGCAACAUUGAACAUCUUUGGUUCAAGAAACAGAAACUUACGAAUUUAGAGGCAAUCGACCUAAGUGGGUGCAAAAAGUUGAAGAACCUCCCUGAUUUGUCUGGCGCGCCAAAACUCAAACAGUUGAGCCUUUCUGGUUGUGAAGAAUUACUUGAAGUUCAGGCUUCUGCUUUUUCUAAGGACACACUUGUUACUUUGCUACUGGAUGGGUGCAAAAAAGUGCCAAGUCUUAUGGGUGAGAAGCAUUUAAAAUCUCUAGCAAACUUCAGUGUCAAAGGUUGCUAUGGUCUGAAGGAAUUUUCAUUAUCUUCGGAUGCACUAAGAAGGUUGGAUUUGAGCAAUACAGGAAUCGAAAUAUUGCACCCAUCAAUUGGUGGUAUGACCAAGCUUUAUUCGUUAAAUCUAGAAGGUUUAAAUCUAACAAGUCUACCGAUUGAAUUGUCUUACUUGGCACUUACUGAACUUCGGGUUUCUAAGUGCAGUGUAGUAACCAAAUCAAAGUUAAAAGCCCUAUUUGAUGGUCUGAGCUUACUAAGAUUACUACACUUGAAAGACUGUGGUAACUUGUUUGAACUCCCUGCAAACAUUAGUUCUUUAUCAUCAUUGCAAGAGUUAAGACUAGAUGGAAGCAAUGUGAAGGAGUUGCCUGCUAGCAUCAAAGACCUCUUAGAGCUAGAAGUUCAGUCUUUAGACAAUUGCAGUAAGCUUCAAUGUCUGCCAGAACUGCCUUUAAGCAUCAAAGAGUUUCAGGCUGGCAACUGCUUGUCGUUAACGACAGUAUCCACUUUGAAGACUUUUUCAGUAAACAUGAUUGGACAGAACAAAUACAUUUCAAUAACGAAUAGCAUUAAGAUGAAACUGGAUGGACCCUCCCUUGCCUGCAUGACGGAAGAUGCCGUGUUAACAAUGAAAAGUGCUGCCUUUCACAAUGUAUUAGUGAGAAAGUACAGAUUCCAAACCCACAGCUACAAUUAUAACAGCGCCGAGGUAUGUCUGCCAGGACACAGAAUUCCAAGUCAGUUCAAACAACGAUCCACCACAUACGCCUCCUUAACUAUUGACGUUCUCAACUGGGUGGGCUUCAUUUUAGCAGUUGUUGUUACUCCAUCUAACAUAACACAAGAGGGUGAAUACUUUGUUGGAAUCCUAUGUCAGUGCUAUUCGGAAGAUGGAAGGACGGAAGUGGGAAAUAAGUCUAAGUGGAAGCCUAAACUGGUUACAGAUUUGGAAAUGGAUCAUAUUUUUGUAUGGUAUGAUCCAUUCCUUUGUGACACCAUACUCAGAAGGAAUGAAAGAAAGGUUUCUUUUAAAUUCUAUAUUACAACUUAUACAACUAGUGGCAGAGAACUUGGUGACCUUUUAAAAAUCAAAGAGUGUGGGGUUUGUCCAAUUUACUACUCAGAAAGUCAGAAGGUUUUAGGCACAGGGAAUUUAGACAAGGACUUGGAAAAAGAGUUGUAUCAGGAAAUUGAACAUGAGAGAUCAGUUGAAGGCUAUGAUGAGGGAGAAGGCAUUGAUAUUGAACCAAAUGACAAGGAAGGCACGAGCAUACAGAACCAAGAGUUGGACUGUUUAAUCGUCUCUAAAGAUACUCAGGUACAUGACGAUCCUCAAGAGAAAGAAAAUUUGCAAGAUGAUGAUAAUUCCAAAGAAUUGAUGAAAUCUGAGAUUCUUCAUUAUAGUACUUCUUUGAAGUCUGGAGAGGAAGAUUCUACUGAAGGAAGUUCUGAUGCAGAAUUGUCAAUCAAUAAAGAAAUUAAGAGAGACGACUCUUCUGGUGUUGAUGAAUCACACUCUUCUACUUUUCCAACAAGAUUGAGUUUAACAAACAAGUUGAAGAUAUAUGAGGAAACUAAAAAUCUUAAACCAUCACUACCAUCAUUAGUGAAGAUUCCAUCUCCUUCUUAUACUAAUUUGUUACAACUACAAGAAGCUCCCAGCAAACUAAUCCCAAACUCCUCAACGGAUGCUGAAAGUUCUUCAAGUAAACCUUCUUCUUCAAAGGGUCAAAUAAGAACUGAAGAAAACUCUUCAAAAUUAAAGAAAUUGAGUACUCAAGAACAUUCUCCUGUCGAUUAUUCUGAAUACAAGAAAACUCUUGAAGAAGACCCUUGGGCAAUCAUAGAGAAACUCUUAUCUGAUGAACAUGGUAGUACUUCACAGGCUUCUCAAUCUACAACACAAGCAGAAUCUACUGAAACUCCGAACGAGUCAAUCGAGAAGCUGCUUGAUGAAUUAAGAGAAUUGGCAUUUUCUAAGAACUUAUUGAAAAAUUUAAGCAAUGAUGUGACCCUUGAAGAAGAGGUAAAAGCUUUAUUAGUUAAACUCAAUGAUAGAGCUAAUGAGCUUUCUGUGAAACAAAAUUCUGGUAUUACUGAUUUCACCACAUUCUUUAAUAAAGCCACGGUCAAUAUUGAUGAUGAAAAACGGAGCAAUGUUACUCUUCAACAACUUAACAUGGACGAUGCAGAUUCAAGAGCCAAGCUUCAAGAAUCUCAAAACAAGAUAAAGAAGUUCAAAGAGUCCAUCGUUGCUGGUGAGGAUAAGAUUAAAGUCAUGGAUGUUGAAAUUGAAGAUAUUAAAGGGCAGAUUGUUUUGCUGGAGGAAAAAGCACUUAAGGUUGAACAAGAGAAGUUGCAGUUAGAGGAUGCCUUGCUGAAAUGUAAAGAGAAGAGAAGUGGAAUUUUCGAUGAAGCUAAAAAUGUAGCCUCUAAAACCAUACAAACCCGGGAGAAGAUUAAUAAUGUCAAAAUGAAGAAGCUGGAGUUGGAUUCAAAUUAUGAGAAAAUUCAAAAACAUUAUACCAUAAUGAGACUAUCACCUCCUUUUUAG